UUAUGUGGUAAUUUAAGUUUACUUUCUUGUCUGUAUAAAAGAUUAAGGAGCUCUCAGAAUUUCGUCAGUCCUCAGGGUAUGACACAAGUUCAAAAGAAAUGAAAGAAUUCUCAGUGCCAUAUCUUACAAUAUGAAAGUAUAAGGAAGAGGAAAGAAAAAUUAAAAGAAUUCCUAAUGCUUUUAAGAAUAUGCUCUCUGUGUUUAGAUUCAUAUUAAAAUUAUUAAUGUUAAGGAUCACAGUCACUUAUGAGUUUAAGUUGUCAAAUCUGUCCACAGUGGACAUUUACAGUAGGUGAAAAGAAUCAUUAUGAGAUUAUUUCUGACUCUUCAGAAUCAGUGGUCAAAUGAGUAUUGUGACAUCAUGACAGGAGUCCCCAUCCAUGGUCAUUCUGGCAAUGGGAGAACCCUUUCAAAGAGUUCUCUCAUGACUUGGGAGAGAAGAGAUACAACCUCUCUCUCUCUCUCUUUUUUCCCCCCUACAGUAAUUAGGAUUUGAAAGAGCCUGCAUUAUGGCUCAUGCAGCUUUGAACUUGGUUAGGAAGACGAUUAUAUGCUAGAACUCAUUAUCAACGACUUCAUUUGGUACAACUUGAAAAAUUCUUUGUUCUACGAGUAAAAAAAAAUAAGGAAGGUCUAGCCGUCUUGUUUUCCUCUUCAGAAGUAGAAUUAAGGAGCCAUGGUACUAAGGUCUUGAUACUGUGAAAGUACCCCAUUUAGACAAAGGAGACUUAGUCACAAACCCAGUUCCUAGCCUGGUUAAAAUCAGAGUUAAACUAUUUUCAUGUUACUAAUGUUGCUACUGUGAAAGAAAGAAAUCAUGAUGCGGUUAACUAAGCCUACUUUAUUCACCAAUAUUCCAGUAACAUGUGAAGAAAAAGACUUACCUGGAGAUCUUUUUAACCAACUCAUGAGAGAUGAUCCUUCAACUGUAAAUGGUGCAGAAAUUUUAAUGUUGGGUGAAAUGUUGACUUUACCACAGAAUUUCGGGAAUAUAUUUUUGGGAGAGACCUUUUCCAGUUACAUCAGCGUUCAUAAUGAUAGCAAUCAAGUUGUAAAAGAUAUAUUAGUAAAAGCUGAUCUUCAGACAAGUUCUCAGCGUUUAAAUCUUUCAGCUUCCAAUGCUGCAGUGGCUGAACUUAAACCUGAUUGUUGUAUUGAUGAUGUCAUACACCAUGAAGUGAAGGAAAUUGGAACACACAUCUUGGUGUGUGCAGUGAGCUAUACAACUCAGGGUGGAGAAAAAAUGUAUUUUAGAAAAUUCUUCAAAUUUCAGGUUCUCAAACCAUUGGAUGUGAAAACCAAAUUUUACAAUGCAGAGAGUGACCUCAGUUCUGUGACUGAUGAAGUAUUUCUGGAAGCCCAGAUUCAGAAUAUUACAACCUCACCCAUGUUUAUGGAGAAAGUUUCAUUGGAACCAUCUAUAAUGUACAAUGUAGCAGAAUUAAACUCAGUCAGCCAAGCUGGAGAAUGUGUAACUACGUUUGGAUCCAGAGCAUAUUUGCAGCCAAUGGAUACACGCCAAUAUUUGUACUGCCUAAAACCCAAGAAGGAGUUUGCAGAAAAAGCAGGCAUCAUUAAAGGAGUAACAGUAAUUGGAAAAUUGGAUAUAGUGUGGAAAACAAAUCUAGGUGAAAGGGGAAGAUUACAGACCAGCCAACUUCAGCGAAUGGCUCCAGGUUAUGGAGAUGUUAGGUUGUCUUUGGAGGCAAUCCCAGAUACCGUAAACCUAGAAGAACCUUUUCAUAUUACCUGUAAAAUAACAAACUGCAGCAGUGAAAGGACUAUGGAUCUGGUUUUGGAAAUGUGCAAUACCAAUUCUAUCCACUGGUGUGGCAUUUCAGGAAGACAGCUUGGAAAGCUGCAUCCCAGUUCUUCUCUCUGCCUUGCCCUUACUCUGCUGUCUUCAGUACAGGGACUGCAGAGUGUCUCCGGCUUAAGACUAACAGACACAUUCUUAAAGAGAACAUAUGAAUAUGAUGACAUCGCACAGGUCUGUGUGGUAUCUUCAGCCAUUAAAGUGGAGAGCUGAAGAUUUCCAGUGCUUUUCAUGGAAUUUCACAGAACUGUCUUUUUUGUCACCUUUGUGAAAUGAUCAAGUCUACAACAAAAAUAAGUACCUAUUAUUUAAAUUUCUUUCCUGACAAAGUUAAAAUAUUAAAUAUUUGUUUUGAAAAGAACCAUCUAUUGAUUUUAUCUUGUGAGUUAUAUUCUGAAUGGACAUUUGUACAUUUUCUUCACUCAGCAUAUUCCAUUUCUAGAUAACCAUUGGACUUCAUUUUCCUGAUGCUCUCUAUUUAAGGCUGUUUGUCCCUAGCAACUAUCUGGAUUGGGGGGUUAGCAAACAUUUUAUGUAAAGGUCCAGAUACUAAAUAUUUGUCUUCACAGGAGAUGUGGCUGCUGUUGAAAAAAUUCUGCUAUUGUAGUGGGACAGCAGCCAGGAGGCAAAAAGAACAAGCAGUGUUUACAGGAAUAGGCAACCGGCCAGAUUGGGCCUAGGCCAUAGUUUACUAACCUUGAUCUAAAAGAUACAGUUGUUUAGAACUUCAGAUUCUUAUAAUACUUCAUUUAAAAUUUUUCAAUUAGCCCCAGUUUUUUUCCUAACUCUUCAGUCAGCAAAAAAAGCUUAAGACAACUAGAGUAAUCUUCAUGUACCCUUAUGUUACUAACACAGUAUGAGUUCUCCUUAGUUUUCAGUUAUUCUUUUUGUACAUACCUAUGUUUGUGGUUACAUAUAAACACACAUCUAAAUUUCAGUUGCUAACAGCAGAUCAGAAUGGGUUUAAUUUCUUGGAUUGUUGAUUACUCUGUUAACUUUUAACCAAGAAUCCUGAUAAUUUCCUAAUUCUAAGCCAAAAAGUCCUGGGUUUUUUUCACAUUGAAAAAUAAGCCACUUAUUUUCAUAAGGCAUAUUUAAAUGAUUUCCACCUUCUGCUAUUUGGUUUUGAACUCUAAAUCAUGUAUUAAUACUAUAAAACUGUCUCUGUAUGUAAUCACAGUGAUUUACUUAUUCCAGGAACAAAACAGAAAGUUAAGAUUAUAAACAAGUUUGCAACAUGAAUAUAAUAAGUUUUAAUAUUUUGUAAGGAAACAGAAAGCGUAUGCUGUUAAAUAAAAACUUAUUUUCAUAAGUUGAAAUUCAAGGAUGUAAAUAUUAUUGCUUAAAUGUUAGAGUGCAUGAAGUCAAAUACAAAAAUUGGUUUUUCUUAAAUGCAUAAUUAUUUAUUGCCAUGACAAAUUAUUUGGUCCAGAGUAAAGCUAUAUUCAGAAUGAAAUCUGCCCCUUAAAUUUCACUAAUAACGAACUAUCUGUGCAAAAUAAAGUGCAAGCAGUAUAAAGCUGAAA